CCAAACUUGUCAUGAUGCCUACAACUCGACAACUCCUUCGAAGAAAGAUCACGUACUCAGAUGCCAAAGGCGAAGAGUUCAAUGUUCUUCAUCAACUUAAAUACCAUUCCGAGCAAACUAGAUUCUUCGCUCAACUUCAUGACAGACGUGAAUGGAUGAAGGCUGCUGUUACCCACCAUCUUGGCCUGAAAUCGUCCGCGGAAUGCCAUGUGGCAGACGUAGAAAACUGGCUUCAUGGCAGUUUUAAUGUCUGUGUCCCCGUCACAAUUGAUAGUUGGCACGGCAAGCGUGUUCUCAUGCGGUUUCCGUUACCUUAUCGCCUGGGGGAGAGAUUCAGACCUGGAAAUUGCGACGAGAAACUCCUGUGUGAAGCAGGGUCUUAUGCAUGGCUCCAAAGGAACUGCCCCGAAGUGCCAAUCCCAAGAUUAUAUGGCUUUGCUUUGUCCACAGGCGAGACGUUCACUCGACAUGAAUUCCUGCCAUUUUUCCCUCGCUAUUUCCAACUCCUGCGUCAGAAAAUUCUAUCAUGGGUAAAGGAUUCAACUCCUUCAAACUACGCCCGCCAUCAGAACACAGAUUCAAUUUUUGUCGAGCAUAUAGUCGACAGCGGCUACCUUCUGAUUGAAUUUAUUGAAGAGACACGUGGAUCUAUGCUCUCUCAUACAUGGAUAGAAGGGCAACAUGACCUAAAGUUAAGGACAAAUUUGUUCCGUGAUCUCUCCCGGAUUCUCUUGAACAUUACUCGGAUUCCCUUGCCGCGGAUUGGUUCAUUUAUCAUUGAUAAUGAUGGGUUUUUGUGUCUUACAAACCGGCCACUUUCGAUGGAGCUCCAACAGUUGGAAAAUGAGGAGAUCCCUACUAAUAUACCUCGGGAUUAUACCUAUUCAACUAUAGACUCCUACGUGGUUGAUAUACUUGGAAUCCAUGACAAUCGUUUUCGGUAUCAACCUAAUGCUGUCAAUAAUCUUGGAGAUUGUGCUUACCAACUUUCUAUAUUAACUGCUAUGAGGACAGUUUUUCAGUCAAUUUUUAGUCGAAGCUUUCGACGGGGCCCAUUUAUCUUCUGUUUCACAGAUCUUCACCAGAGUAACAUCUUCGUUGACGCGGAAUGGCAUAUAACAUGCCUAGUAGAUCUGGAAUGGGCUUGCACUCAGCCGGUCGAGAUGUUCGGGCCUCCUUACUGGCUCAUAAAUAAAGGCAUUGAUCAAUUGACUACAGCAGAAUACGACCCAAUUCGACAGGAGUUCAUGGAAGUCCUGUCAAUGCAAGAACAGGACUUUGACUCUGCUAUAAGUAACUAUGGAGCAGCUGACCUACGCCUCUCGGACUUCAUGAAACGAUCCUGGGAAAGAGGAGCGUUUUGGUAUUCACUAGCUCUCUCAAGCCCUUCAGGACUUUUUACGAUAUUUAGCAAGCAUAUCAAACCUCUCUUUUGCCAGGACUAUGAGGAGGAGUUUGGGGUGGUAAUGCCCUUUUUUUUCGAAAGGAAUGUUGGGCACAUUGCAGGCCGCAAACUUGCAGACAGAGAACAAUAUGACAAAAAUCUCCAAGAAGCUUUCGAAGACAACUCAAACUGA